AUGCCUACUCUUUCAGAAUCGCUCCGGUUUCCCAGCAUGCCCGCGCAAGUCACCGAGCCUUUCCUGUCCCCUCCAGAGCGCGACAAGGAGAACCGGCACCGGCGCCGCAGUCCGACUCGGAGCCGCAGUCGCGAGAGGAAAAGGAGGAGCAGAGAGAGGAGGAGCCGGGACAGGCGGAGCGAUUCGAAGGACCGCCGACAGAGGCGGAGCAGUCGCUCCCCGCACCGGGAGAAGAAGAAGAAAGUGAGGAAGUACUGGGAUGUGCCGCCGCCCGGGUUCGAGCACAUCACCCCCAUGCAGUACAAGGCCAUGCAAGCGGCGGGCCAGAUCCCCGCCACCGCCCUGCUGCCCACCAUGACCCCCGACGGGCUGGCCGUGACCCCCACCCCCGUGCCCGUGGUGGGCAGCCAGAUGACCCGGCAGGCCAGGAGGCUCUACGUCGGCAACAUCCCCUUUGGCAUCACUGAGGAGGCCAUGAUGGAUUUCUUCAACGCCCAGAUGCGCCUGGGGGGCCUGACCCAGGCUCCGGGGAACCCCGUGCUCGCCGUGCAGAUCAACCAGGACAAGAACUUCGCCUUCCUGGAGUUCCGCUCCGUGGACGAGACGACGCAGGCCAUGGCGUUCGACGGCAUCAUCUUCCAGGGCCAGAGCCUGAAGAUCCGGCGGCCCCAUGACUACCAGCCGCUGCCUGGUAUGAGCGAGAACCCCAGCGUCUACGUGCCAGGCGUGGUGUCCACGGUGGUGCCGGACUCCGCCCACAAGCUCUUCAUCGGGGGACUGCCCAAUUACCUCAACGACGACCAGGUGAAGGAGCUGCUGACAUCCUUCGGCCCCCUCAAGGCCUUCAACCUGGUGAAGGACAGCGCCACCGGGCUCUCCAAGGGGUACGCCUUCUGCGAGUACGUGGACGUCAACGUCAGUGACCAGUUGAAGGCCAUUGCGGGUCUGAAUGGAAUGCAACUGGGCGAUAAGAAGCUGCUGGUGCAGCGUGCCAGCGUGGGAGCCAAGAACGCCACUCUGACCAGUAUAAACCAGAGCCUGGUGUCUGUGUGUUGGUAACCCAUCUAUCUCUCU